AUGGUGCUCAGGAACAGCAGGCGUCGCUGCCUUGCUUCAGCUGCCCAUCCCGAAGAAAGCGACGUCGUCAUUGUUGGCGGUGGUCCCGCUGGACUCGCACUCGCCAGUGCUCUAGGAAACUCAGCGGAGGUAUCUAAAUCUCUCCGCGUUGUGCUGGUUGAAGCGGGCGACCUGUCCAAAAUCCGAGACUGGGCUCCUGCUCAGAACAGCUUUUCUAACAGAGUCAGUUCAAUCACGAAUGCGUCCCGAGCCUUCUUGAAGGACAUCGGUGCAUGGUCGCACGUACAGCUCGAUCGUACAGCGCCAGUCGAGGAAAUGCAGGUGUGGGAUGGAAUCUCAGAUGCUCGCGUCGCCUUCUCUGCUGCAGAAAUGAUGACACCGGAAAGAGUUGCCCUGGACGAGAUGUCUCGACUAGUGGAGAACCUCAACCUACAACGUGCCUUGCUGCGUCAUAUCUCGAGUAUGCCCGGUGUCAGCAUCGUUGACAGAACGAAGGUUCAGUCGAUUGAGAAGGAAGAGCGCGAGGGCAACGGCUGGCCCCUGGUCCAUCUCUCUGAUGGUCGUGUUCUGCGUGCAAGGCUCCUCGUUGGCGCAGAUGGUUUCAAUUCUCCCGUACGCUCGUAUGCAGGCAUAGAGUCGUAUGGGUGGGCAUACGACACACAGGCUAUCGUUGCGACGAUGAACCAUCAUCCUCGCACUGCGUUCGAGCCUCCGAACACUGUCGCAUACCAGCGCUUCCUCCCUACUGGACCCAUCGCCUUCCUACCGCUCUCGCAUACAUCUUCCUCUUUGGUUUGGUCUACUAAGCCUCCCCUCGCAAAGGCACUUCAGGCGUCGGACCCGGCUGUCCUGGCUGGUAUGAUCAAUGCCGCGUUCCGCCUGCCCGAAGUGUCAAUGCGAUACUUGCACAACCGCGUAUUGGAGGCUCAUGCCGGCGGUUCCACGCUCUUAUCGGACGAACUGAACAAGGAGAUCGCCUGGCGAGAACAGUCGCACAACGUCGAUCCUCGCACCGCAUACUCCGUAACAGCGCUCUCAAGGUCAGCUCCUGGCGGGAUCCCGCCGGCAGGCUCGGACCUCCUUCCGCCCUUCGUUACGAGUAUCCAAGAGGGUACCAUCGCCUCCUUCCCGCUCCGCAUGAGCCAUGCGGACGCGUACGUCGGAGAGGGCCGCGGAGCGCGUACAGUCCUUGUCGGCGACGCAGCGCACACAAUCCAUCCGCUGGCUGGGCAAGGCCUCAACCUAGGCCUCGGAGACGCUGAAGCGUUGGCACACUGCAUACAUACGGCGGUGCGAAACGGCGGUGACGUCGGUUCUUACACAGCUCUUGCCCCAUACGCGCGGGACCGGUACUUCGAGAACCACAAAAUGCUUUCGGCCGUCGACAAACUGCACAAGCUGUACUCAGCUACCGCGGAGCCUGUCGUUUGGGCUCGCUCCGUCGGCCUAGAAGUUUUGAACGAGUUGGACACCAUCAAGGCGGCUCUCAUGAUGUCAGCCGGGAGUGCCCGUCGUACAGACCCGGCAUCCGUUGGAUGGAGUGUCGCGGCGAGUAGUCUUGAGACAGUUGCUCGCAGUGUUAAUAGUGCGAAAAGUGUGGGCGACACUAUUGUAGGACUUGCUGGCGCGACGGCACAAGGCCUGUUGAAGCGACUCUCCAAUUCCAGCCGGCCUUAG